AUGACGCAGAAUAUAGAUUUCAACGCGCUAAGAGCGCGUACUAUGGGAUCGGGCAAUGACGAGGAGGCUGUGACGGUUGAUACACGGGGCCUGAUCUCAAAAGUACUUGCGCGAUACUCAGGGAAAUGGACAGUCUUGCGAGAAAUGAUUCAGAAUGCGGCUGAUGCUAAUGCUACAAAAGUGACCAUAAAGUUCGAGACCUUACCCUCUGCAGUGGUCCCUUUACCUUCGCAUGCCGAUAACACCACAUUGAUAAAGCAUACUAUCUCUCAUCAUACUCUCAGGCGACUCUUGAUAUCGAACAACGGUUCUCCUUUCAGUGAGAAGGACUGGGCAAGAUUAAAGCGAAUCGCGGAUGGUAAUCCCGAUGAAACAAAAAUUGGAGCUUUUGGAGUCGGUUUUUACAGCGUUUUUGAUGACUGUGAAGAGCCGUUUGUGUCGUCUGGGAAAGAGGCCAUGGCCUUUUACUGGAAAGGGAAUGCUCUCUAUACUCGUCGAUUGCAACUAAAUGACGCCGCAAAUCCUGAAACGACAUUUGUGUUAGAUUACCGCAAUGAUGCUUCUCCUGUUCCGUCUUUAAUGGAGUUAUGUCAAUUCCUGUCUAGCAGUCUUACCUUCGUUAGCCUUGAGAGUAUAGAGUUAUGGCUAGACGACUGGAACCUACUGCGGCUGACGAAGAAGGCCGCUCCAAGCAUCGAUCUCUCAAUCCCCAGAGACAUCGAAACUAAGACAUCUCAAGGUCUGAUGAAAAUAGUUAACGUGUCCCGUGAAGUCGUUCAGGUUGAUGCUACGUGGAUGCGGGCUGUUGAAUGGAAUCCGCACGCGAACCUAUUUCGCGAGGGACUUAGAGAUACGGCAGGAUCUUUACGCACCUUUUUCUCUAGGCUCACUGGCCAGGGUGGCUCAGAGAAACCGGCGAAGACUGAGAGCAACCCUAAUAUCAACGACACGGAAGACAUGACUAAGUCUUCUACGGCGUCGGUCUUUCUACACAUCAAUACUGCGAGCAUUCAAUGCUCUAUAAGUCAAUCCCUAAGCAGCGAACUUGAACGUGCCACGCGCAAGCCUCCGCCGAAGAAGUCUACAUUAGCUGUAUUAACGCCUUCCUAUGAUACCACUCUGGCGUCCGGGGCGUCUGGGUUGCAGUCAGACAUUCUUUCAUCGAUUCUCCCAUCUAAAGCCGGUAGAGUCUUCAUUGGCUUUCCCACUCAUCAAACGACGGGUCUCAAUGCCCACAUAUCUGCGCCGUCCGUUAUUCCGACAGUCGAGCGAGAGAGCAUUGAUCUCAACACACGAUACAUCAGCAAAUGGAACCUUGAGAUGCUCAGAGCAGCAGGCAUUGUUUGCCGAGUGGCCUGGUCUGCAGAGAUGACCUCUAUCAAGUCUAAGAUACAACCAACGAAGUCAUCGAAAAUCCGAAAGGAUGACAUAGUUAGCGUACUUCCCGAAGCCAUUCAUACAGCGAAUCAGUUCGUAUUCCGUGAAUCAACUCCCUCAUCGGUCCUUGGUCAGACUAUUGAAGAUGCAUUCUGGACGUGUAACAAGAAUGCCUCUAUUGAGGUUUUAUCAACGUGUGGAAUUAUCCAAAGCCACCAGGCACGCAUUGCUCCUAAAGAUCUCAGUUUCAUGGAUUCCAUUCCAGUUCUGCCAGAUGACUUUGUAUUAAAUGCGAAGGACUUUGUCAGGAAGCUGACGGAUUUUGGGCUUGUCACUGAUAUCACAGUGUCUGACAUUAAACGUGAAUUGGAAGCUAGCACGCUACAGUCUACUCAAGUCCCUGAAUUCCUCUCUUGGCUAAGCCGAAGGGCUGUUUCAGGACAACUUGACUCUCUAUCUGUCCAGAGCCUUUUAAACGUCGCAGUGGCAAAUGAUGAAGAUAGCAGCGGUGCUGUAUGCAGGUUACUUGUCUUCGCAGACAUAACCAACUAUCUUAAUCCUCAGCGGAUACCAGUGGAACUGCCUUUGCCAUCUUCUGUGAUGCCUUUCAAGUACACCAAAUCUCUAGGUAAGCAGGAACUAGAGUCUCUCGGCUGGACUGAACUGCAAAUCGUCCCUUGGAUUCACUGGAUAGUGAGCAAUGCCGGGAACCGGAGCGUUCUACCAAUUGAACAAGACAUUACACAGUCUUCGUCCUUUUCUGCUCAGGUUUUACCUGUUAUCUCGAAGCAAUGGGAUGUUCUGAGCCAGCCGUCGAAACAGAGUGUGAUCAACCUGUUGCAACCGCACACAGUCAUGCCAACCAAGCUGGGUAUGAAGCGGCCCGUAGAAACCUACUUUUCCUCAGUACGACUGUUCGAUGACCUCCCUGUUAUCAGAGGCCUUAAUAGUGUCAAAGAAAAGUUUCUGGCUGCUCUUGGCGUCCGUAAGACCGUUGAUCUUGGGGUCAUCUUUGAACGCCUGUUAAGUACAACAGAAUCUUCAGAUGGGGGCAGCAUUAGCCAGAGAAAGUGGAGCCAUGUCGAUUUGAUACGCUAUCUUGCCUCCGUUCGUGAUGACAUACCCGCUAGCGAUAUCAAGAGGCUGAAGGACACCAGUAUCUGUACUGCGGAGGUGACCGAAAUCACCCAUGAUCCUACAAAAGACCGCCGCAAACGUUAUAAGAUAUAUGAGCUUUUCGAGCCACACGACCCACUCAGAGCUCUUGGACUUCCUGUGAUUGAGUGGCCGGGCAAGUACCAGCCCAGCAGCAACGAGGGUAAAUUUCUCUCCACGCUAGGCCUGAGGAGCUUCCCAUCCCCAUUCGAACUAAUAAAAAUUAUGGCAAAGGCAGCGGCAGCCAAAGACUGGACUCUUCAUGGGAAAGCUAUGUCUUACUAUAUUGCCGAGUAUCAUAAUAACGGUUACGCCGCGUUCAACUGCGAAGAAGUCACUGUUCCUUUUCUACCUAUCGAAGGAUCCGAUAGUCUUAGCAUUCCAAGUCAGUGCUUCACUGAUAAAUCUGCUACUUUAUUUGGCUUUGAAAUCUUACGGGAUACCCUUCACCCUCAUGCUCCCAAAUUCGGAGUCAAACAGCAUCCGCCACUAACUGAAUGCCUGAAUUGUCUACUUCGGCAACCACCCUCUACUAAGCGGGACGCACGGGUGAUUUUCAAAUAUUUAGCUGGGAGAGUAUCGGAGCUUAAGCCGCGAGAUAUUGAUCGAGUUAGCAACGCACAAAUAGUGCCAGUCUCAGUAAAUGCUACCCCCAACCAUGAAUCGAGUAUACGCCGUGUAGCACCAAAGCUAUGCUAUCUUGGAGAGGGUGAAGAUUACAGGGAGAUCUUCGACUUUGUUGACUUUGGGCAAGAGGCCAACUUUUUUCUCAUGGCAGUGGGUUCUAAGAGGGAACCGACUAAGAUAGAAAUUGCGUACAUGUUGGUGAAAGAGCCGGCCAGGAUAUCCUCGACAUUUCAAAGUGCAGACAAGUAUCUCAAGUUACUGAGAACGCUUGCCGAAAAUAUCUCUGUGCUCAAGAAAGACCGGGGACUCCUUAACGAAAUGAGAUGCUCUGCAUUCCUUUUAGCGAGUAGAGAUAUAUCCUCUCUGUCUCACGGGAAUUCGGGAAAAGGCGGUCUUGGCUCUGAAGAAGAUGAUGACGAACAGAGCAUAAAGGAGUGGACUUUGGCUGCAGCGAAGGACACGGUGGUGGUGGAUGAUUUCCAGAGUUUCAAUCUGUUCAAGGAACAUAUUCUCGCCGCGCCUCAGGAGGAAACACUAGAGAACUUUUAUCUUGCUCUGGGUGCUGUACCGCUGAAAACCCUUGUUGAAGAACGUGCUCACUGGGGAGCAGUUGCCUCAGAUCAACUGCCUGCAGCAAAAUUACAGAAGUUGAUUCAUGAGCGCUCAAGACUCUUCCUCCACGAUCAACCCGCUGAAACUAUACAACACGACGUCAGGUGGCUGGAAAAGAACCUUCGAGUCCAAGUCGUCCAUUCGAUAUCCCUCACCCGCUCCCUUAAAGGUCGUCGAGUUUCACAUACCCAGAAGCGAAGUGCCAUCAUUACUCGGCAAUCAACGUCCUGGGUCUUGUGGAUCUCCCCAGGCAAAUAUGAUCUUUAUGAGAUAAGUCAAGCUCUCGUUCACCUGAUCCUUGUCCGGCCGAAGCUUCACUCGACUCUCACGUUGGAAAUGCUCCUCAAAACUGAUCUGUUGGAGCUCAAGGCCCGUGGCUACAACGUUGAGCGCAUUCUUAAGCAAAAGGCUCACGAGGCAAGGAUGGCAGAGGAUAGGCGUCAGAAGCAGUUGGAGGAGGAGCGACAACAGCUCCAGGAGAGGGAAGCUGCAUGGGCGCAGGAACGGGCUCAAGCCCAGGUGGAAACAGAAGACAAACGACAACCUUUGAUGCCUGGGGAUUUCCCUGACUCGCCAUCGCCAUCCGGCAAGGAUAUCGGCCCCAGUUCACAGGGAGAAGCAUUAGAGCAAAGCCAAGACCGGCGCCCACGGGGUCUUUUCGCCAAUUUAACCAAACGUUUUGGACUCGACAAUGGUCGACCAACAUGGAACCCCCUUGUUGGGGAUUCAUCCCAGCCAUCCGCAGAGUCUUCAAAUAACACCACCCCUCCUCCCCCAUAUUCGGCCGAAGACCCACAAAAAUCUCGCACAGAACAGCCUGUGACCGUCAGCUCCCCGCAUAAGCUUCAAUCAGAGCUUCUUUCCGCAAUCCAGGCUUGUCGACCUCAUGGAUCAUCAGGCGUAUACAGUCGCCCAGAAACGAACCAAGUCACUGAGUCUAAAUCCUAUUGUGAUGAGAGACCCAGUCACGAUCUAGAAUUUGUGGCAACCCUUCCUUGCGGUAUUCAUGUACUCUUCGUGAAGACACUUGCAGAUCGGUCCAACUUUCUUGCCAAGAACAGCGCCGGAAUUAACAUAUUUGCUUCAAUGCUCAUUGAUUGCGCUAGUGUCUUCUCCCUGCGUGCCGAUAUUCUCAGUGUCUUUUAUGACCCAGGCGGAAAGACCAUAGCGUUCAACCGGGCCGGUAGCAUCUUCUGUAAUUAUUUCUACUUCCAGCAACUACAUGAGAAAGAGCUGCUCCAAAGUCCGGCUGCCGACAGGAGCGAGGCGCUGGUAUAUUGGUGGGUGAUACUUUGUCAUGAACUAGCACAUAACUUAGUGGGAGACCAUAGCUCCGCCCAUAGCUUCUACAGGUAUGAAGAGCACCCUAUACGAUUAUAG